CAAAGCUAUAUGCAGAUGGAAGUGAGUGCUAAGCUACUACUGUGUUUUCAAAUUAGUGUUGCCCUUUUGGUGUCAUGGGUGGCUCUCAAAAUAGGGUAUGCCCUAUGGUGGAGGCCUACAACCCUCCAAAAGUACUUGGAAAAGCAAGGGGUUAGGGGUCACCCUUACAAGCCCCUGUUUGGGGACCUAAAGGAGAACAAUAGACUUUUUGAAGAAGCCAUUUCCAAGCCUAUGGAUCUUUCUCAUAGGAUUGUUCCCCGGAUAUUUCCUUAUUUCAUCAAAAUGGUGGAGAAUUACGGUAAAAUUUGCUUAUCGUGGUUUGGUCUGGUCCCGCUGGUCAUAGUGACAGAACCAGAGCUGGUAAAAGAGAUUCUCUCAAACAAAUAUGGUCACUUCGAGAAGCCAACUCCAGACCAAUUAAUCAAGCUAUUGGCAUUGGGGCUGGCAGCAGAACAAGGAGAGAAAUGGGCCAGACAUAGAAGGAUCAUUAAUCCUGCUUUCCAUUUGGAAAAACUUAAGGGCAUGAGACCACAAUUUACUCAAAGUUGCAAGGAGAUGAUAGAAAGAUGGGAGAAGUUGGUAGGAGAAGAGGAGCACGGGGAGAUAGACGUGCUCCCCGAGCUCCAAAACUUAACUGCAGAUGUCAUCUCAAGAACGGCUUUUGGGAGCAGCUUAGAAGACGGGAAGCAUAUAUUUGAACUUCAACGAGAGCAAGCUGCUCUUCUCAUCGAAGCUGCUCGAAGCUUUUACAUUCCCGGCUACAGGUUUUUGCCAACAAAGAAAAACAUCAGGAGAAAGAAAAUUGAUAAAAAGGUCAGAGGCAUCCUAAAAGGCAUCAUCCAAAGGAAAGAGGAGGCAAUCAACAGUGGAACCUAUAAUAGCCAUGACUUGUUGGGCUUAUUGUUGGAGUCCAAUAGGACCAACGACCACAAAAACCGAAUGACAAUGGAAGAUGUAGUGGAGGAGUGCAAGCUCUUUUAUUUUGCAGGCCAUGAGACCACAUCUAUGCUAUUGACUUGGACAAUGGUGGUUUUGUCGAAGCAUCCGACGUGGCAAGAGAGGGCAAGGGAUGAGGUCUUGCAGCUAGUUGGAUCAUCCACACCACCAACUCUAGACCAGCUAAGCCAUCUUAAAAUUGUAAAUAUGAUUCUCCAUGAGGUUCUUAGGCUCUAUCCACCAAUUCUGCUUAUUGUUAGAGAAACCUAUAAGAAGAUAAACGCAGGAGGCUUGGAUUUUCCUCCAGGCAUCCAGUUGGCCCUACCAACUAUCAUAAUUCAUCAUGACCGCGAUCUUUGGGGUGAUGAUGCCAAGGAAUUCAAGCCUGAGAGGUUCUCUGAUGGGGUGUCAAAUGCUGCUAAACAUCCAUUGGCCUUCUUUCCCUUCGGAUGGGGACCGAGGACUUGCAUCGGCCAAAACUUUGCCUUAAUCGAGGCCAAAAUAGCACUAACCAUGAUCCUACAACACUUCUCCUUCCACCUCUCUCCCUCGUAUACGCAUGCACCCUAUGCUCAAAUUACUAUGCAACCUCAACAUGGAGCUCCCAUCAUCUUACAUAAGCUCUGAGUUUCCUCUCAUCUUUCUUCGUUUGAUGCUUGUACUUGCUUGAUUUUACUUUAAGCCAGCUAUAUUAUGUUGAAUAGGAGGGGAUUAAGUUCAUGUUUGUUUGUGUUCUUUUGGCAUUGUAAGUGGUUGAGGCGAGACCAAAAUCUCUAGAAACAUCAAAUAUUCAAGCCA